AUGCGUUACUCCGCCAUCACCCUCGUUGCCCUCACGGCGACAUCGUCUUCAGCUUUCUCUCUAUGGCCUCGCCAAAGCUCUAGCUGUCCUUCCGUCUGGACUGCCGUCGCCACCGAGCUUCAAGCCGACUUUGCUGGCUGUGGCGCGGAUACUCACCAAGCCCUCCGUGCCCCCUUCCACGACUGCAUCAACAAUGGCUGUGACGGCAGUCUCGUUCUUACAGACGAGUGUGGAAGAUCAGAGAACGCCGGUCUCUCAGCUAUCUGCACGAAGCUCAAGGACUGGAGCGACAAGUACCAAGUCAGCGCAGCAGACAUGAUCCAAUUCGCCGGCGCACAAGCAAUCGCAGCCUGCCCGCUCGGCCCCAGAGUGCAAGCACUGGUUGGCCGCAAGGACAGCUCAAACGCCGCGCCUGUCGGGAGUGUACCCAGCAGCCGUGGCACCCUCGAAAGCAUCUUGGGCGCCUUUGCUGCGAAGGGCUUCUCAUCCGAUGAUGUCGUUGCCCUCAUGGGUGCGCACAGUGUGGCAGUCCAGUUCCACGACGACCCAUCGCAAGCUGGAAAGGGUCUUGACUCGACUCCUUUCAGAUACGACAACACCUUCUACCAAGAGACCAAGGACCGCAAGGCCCCUUACAGUCUCCAGAGCGAUCUUCUCAUGUCAAAUUCUUCAGAGACAUCAACCACCUGGUCCAACUUCGCUGAAGACGCGAACAGCUGGUCUACCGCCUUCACUAGCGCGUGGGACCGAUUCGCCGUCAUUGGAAGCGACGCCAGCAAGCUCCAAGAUUGCUCGAGCUUGGUCCCCAAUGGCUUCGUGACCACGAAGAGGCAGGCGUUCAACAUGGCUUUCACUAAGAAGAUGAGCGCCAAGUUCAGGUUUGGAAGAAAACGGGCACUCGAGCCUGCCGUUGAUGCCGGACCUCCUGCUGCGACAAGCACCCGCCGCAAGCGCGCUCGCAAAGAGGUGAUCAACGACAAGUCUCUGCUGCUGAAGCUCCCUGGAGAGCUAAGAAACCGUAUCUACGAGUACAUUAUGGAAGAUGUGAAGGAGCACAAGAAAGGCACGACAUCAAAAGCACCGAAACGUCGUGGAGGGUUGUAUAGGACGUUCGACAACGAUGAGCCCAUCUAUCUCAGAUACACGUCCAUCAAACCUCGGAAACGCUACAAGACGGCUAAGCAAUGGGCUGUCGCACACGAUCGUCGUCCUUACUUCGGUUUGACCCAAACCUGUCGUACGCUGCGAGAAGAAUUUCGUCCUCUGUACGUGAGCGAAAUUGGGUUCUCUAUCGAUCUUGGGCAGAUUGGUCAAUGCCUCGCUGCUUUUGGAUCCAACGAAGAAGAAAAGAUUAUCGGUCAGUCUGUUGCGAACAUUUCGCAAUCUCCACUUUCAGAGGAUGGAGCAGACUUGCUUCCAGUCUUGGAGAGGUUCCGUGAGCUGAAGCAACCGCGACUGAUCGAUGACCACCCCGUUAUAUACGGUGGAGAGCGAUACUGGGACUGUGACAGUCUGUUUGCCCUAAUCUGGUUCUGGUGGCAUGGUCAUACACUUGGUAUUUCUGCUGAAGCAAAAUCUGGUAUCACCAAGAUUACCUUCGUCAAGCGCCCGGAUGCAGAACGCGACGACCCGCCGAACGACAGACCGAUGCUGGUUAUAGAUUUGGACGCAAAUGUUUUCGUGUCGCAGACGCACCAGACCAUGGACGCUCAUAUGAGGAGGUUGAUAUCUGGGUUUGGUCUACGACAACUUAACAACACGAUCACGCAGUUUCGCUGCGGGCAUGAGCGCUUCACGUACACCACCGGUGCGGCAGAGUGGUACGGGGUCAUGCUGUACCGACUCGCGCUAGUUCACGGGCCAAGCUCCGUGACGCAUCCAUAG